AUGGCAAAGGCUCGUACUAAGAAGCGCACUCAUGCUCGGGCGCAAAAUGCCUCCGCCAGCGCCAGAGGCGGCGGCGCAUCCAUAAGCAAAACUCCGAAGUCUAUGGUCAUUCGAGUCGGCGCCUCUCAAGUCGGCUCCAGUGUCAGUCAACUGGUCAAGGAUGUUCGUUUGAUGAUGGAACCGGAUACCGCCGUGCGAUUGAAGGAACGCAAAUCGAAUCGACUGAGAGAUUACACCUCCAUGACCGGUCCUCUCGGCGUCACGCAUCUCAUGCUCUUCUCCAAGUCGGCGACCGGCAACACCAACCUGCGUAUGGCUCUCACGCCGCGCGGCCCGACCCUUCAUUUCAAGGUCGAGAAUUACUCGCUCUGCAGGGACGUCGAAAAGGCCAUGAAGCGUCCCCAAGGCGGCGGCCAGGACCACAAGACCCCGCCUCUGCUGGUGAUGAACAACUUCAAUUCCCCCAAUGUCGACGAGAACUCCCGGGUCCCGAAACGUCUCGAGUCCCUCACCACGACGGUCUUCCAGUCUCUCUUCCCGCCCAUCAACCCUCAAGCUACCCCCCUCUCUUCCAUCCGCCGUGUCAUGCUCCUGAACCGCGAACUCACCCCCGAAUCGGAAAAGAAAAACGACGAAGAAGAAGACGGGUACGUCCUAAAUCUACGACACUACGCGAUCGCGACGAAAAAGACCGGCGUCUCGAAACGAAUCCGUCGUCUAGAUCCGAAGGAGGUUCGCAACAAGGAAAAGAAGGGCGCCGCCGUGCCGAACCUGGGGAAGUUGGAGGAUGCCGCUGACUACCUGCUGGAUCCCUCUGCAGCGGGCUACACUUCUGCCAGCGAGACCGAGAUGGAUACAGACGCGGAGGUCGAGAUCGCAGAGAGCACCACGAAAAAGAUCUUGAACAAGCGGGAGCUGCAACGCAUGAAGGCCGGUGAGAAGGACAAGGCCCAGAAGAAGCUGAACGCUACUCCGGGUGUUGAGAAACGCGCGGUGAAACUUGUGGAGCUGGGUCCGCGUCUACGGCUGCGCCUCAUGAAGGUCGAGGAGGGCCUGUGUGAGGGUAAGGUGAUGUGGCACGACUUCAUCAACAAGACCGAGGAAGAGGCCAACGUCCAAGAGAAGAACUGGGACAAGAAGAAGAAGGAGAAGGAGGCGAGAAAGAAGCUGCAGAAGGAGAACGUUGAAAAGAAGAAGCAAGAAAAAGCGAAGGCUCGAGCUGAUGGCAAGGGUGGAGACGAUGAGGACGAGGACGAUGAGGAGGAUUGGCUCAGCGAUGAUUUCGAUGAGGACGAGGGUAUGGAGGACAAAGAGGAAAUCGACGACUUGUCGGAUGACGAUGACGACGAGUCCAUGGAGGAAUAG